GGCGACCGUUGGGGCAAAGAUGGCGGCCGAAAGCACGCGGGCGCCGGCAGCGGGGAGCAGCCGGGCGGCCGGGGGCAAGAGGGCGGCCUCGCUCGGCCCGCCGGAGGCAGAGGAUCAGUUGCCUCUCUUUGAAGCGUUGAAUGUGAAGGAGGAGGAGGAUGUAACGGACAGUGAGGAGAGCGUUUACUCUGGGCUGGAGGAUUCAGGCAAUGAGAGCAGUGACGAGGAGGAAGAGGGGGACGAGACUGAAGACAGUGGUCUUGAAGAUAAGGGUGAAACCGAUGAGAAGUCCAGCACACAGGCAGAGCCGGGCCAAGCUACCAGGCAGGAGGAAGAUGAAGGGACUGGGAAUGGGGACAAGUUGGAGACGUCUGAGCAAUGGCGGAAACCUCCUCUAAAUGACGAGUACGAAGUGGACACUUCAGAUGAGGAGGAUAUUCGGAACACUGUGGGGAACAUCCCUAUGGAAUGGUACAAGGACUAUCCACACAUCGGCUAUGACCUGGAUGGGAAGAAAAUCUACAAACCAAUCCGAAACAAGGAUGAGCUGGAUGAAUUUCUGGAUAAGAUGGAAAACCCAGACUAUUGGCGCACGGUUCCUGAUAAGAUGACGGGCACCGAGAUCCGUCUGAGCGACCAGCAGAUCGACCUCAUUCACCGCAUCCAGAGGGGCCAGUUCGGAGACUCGACCUUCGAUCCUCACCAGCCUUCUGUCGAUUUCUUUACUCAUGAGACGAUGAUCCACCCUGUGACCAACCAACCAGCUCACAAACGCAGCUUCAUCCCAUCCCUCAUUGAGAAGGAAAAGGUCUCCAAACUGGUCCACGCUAUAAAGAUGGGCUGGAUCAAGCCUCACCGGCCCCGGGAUACCAGGCCCCAGUACUAUGACCUGUGGGCCAAGGAGGACCCCAACGCCAUCCUGGGGCGACACAAGAUGCACGUCCCAGCCCCCAAGCUCAAGCUGCCCGGGCACGAGGAGUCCUACAAUCCCCCGCCAGAGUACCUGCUGACGGACGAGGAGAAGCUGGCCUGGGAACAACAGGAGCCGGAGGAACGAAAGCUGAACUUCCUCCCACAGGCCUUCCACUGUCUCCGUGCCGUCCCUGCCUACUCCCGCUUCAUCCACGAGAGAUUCGAGCGCUGCCUCGACCUGUACCUGUGUCCCCGGCAGAGGAAGAUGCGGGUCAAUGUGGAUCCCGAGGAUUUGAUCCCGAAACUUCCCAAACCCCGGGAUCUCCAGCCGUUCCCAACCACGCAGUCUCUGGUGUUCUCCGGCCACACCAACCUGGUCCGGUGUAUCAGCGUCUCUCCCAGUGGCCAAUGGCUGGCAUCUGGCUCGGAUGACUGCACCGUCCGCUUCUGGGAGGUCUCGACCGCUCGCUGCAUGAAGACCCUCGAGGUGGAGGGAGCUGUGAAGAGCAUCACCUGGAAUCCCAACCCCACCCUCUGCCUGGUGGCCCUGACUGUGGAGCAGUGUGUGGUGAUUGCUAACCCAGGCCUGGGGGACAAGCUGCUGCAGAUCAGCACAGAUCAGCUGAUCGCCUCCUUCCUGGAGCCCGAGGACCCUGUUCCUCAGCCUGUGCAGUGGGUCCUCGCCGAGGGGGAGGCCUUUAGCAAAGGCCUGCGUCUGACUGUCAAACACCAGAAGUCAGUGAAGCAGGUGACCUGGCACGGGAAAGGCGACUACUUUGCCACCGUCAUUCCGGACAACGGGAACGCCCAGGUGCUGAUCCACCAGCUCAGCAAGCGCCGCAGCCAGAACCCCUUCCGCAAGAACAAGGGCCUGGUGCAGUGCGUGCUCUUCCACCCCAUCCGGCCUUUCUUCUUCGUGGCCACCCAGCGCUACGUUCGCGUCUACAACCUCCUCAAGCAAGAGCUCACCAAGAAACUGCUGGCCAACUGCAAGUGGGUGUCCAGCAUGGCCGUGCAUCCUGGAGGUGACAAUGUGAUCUGUGGCAGCUAUGACAGCCGGCUGGUGUGGUUUGACCUGGAUCUCUCUACCAAACCCUACAAAGUGCUCAGACAUCACAAGAAAGCCCUGAGAGCCGUGGCCUUUCACCGUCACUACCCACUGUUCGCCUCCGCCUCAGACGACGGCACCGUCAUUGUCUGCCAUGGCAUGGUCUACAGUGACCUGCUGCAGAACCCUCUCAUUGUCCCCGUCAAGCUGCUGCGUGGCCACACCAUCACCCGAGACCUGGGUGUGCUGGACCUGACCUUCCACCCCACACAGCCCUGGCUCUUCUCCUCGGGGUCAGACUGCACCAUCCGGCUCUUCACCUGAGCUCCCCUGGCAUCCCCUCACCUACCACCCUCCCCACACGCCCUCGCAGCCUCCCCUCCCCUCCCACCACCACCCCUCACCCUCCCAUGGGCAGGGGGCUGUAAUAAGGAUCGUGCUCUGCACCUGCAUCAGGUCAGCCGGUUCCAUCACUCUUUUCUCCUAAACUUUGAUGGUUUUCAUUUUUAUCAGUGAAAAUAAAAGCAGCAGAUGCUCA